GGCAGGCAGAGCAGCCAGCCAGAGGAGCAGAGAGGAGCAGACAAACUCAAAAAUCAACAACUCUUACCUGAAGCUCACGUCCUCACCCUCCACCAUGAAGGUCUCUGCAGCCCUCCUGUGCCUGCUGCUCACCGUGGCCGCCUUCAGCACCCAGGUGCUGGCUCAGCCAGUUUCUAUUGCAACUGUCUGCUGCUUAAACCCAGGCACUAGAAAGAUCCCCCUUCAGCGACUGCACAGCUACAAAAGAAUCACCAGCAACCGAUGUCCCCAGAAAGCCAUUAUCUUCAAGACCAAACAGGCCAAGGAGAUCUGUGUUGAUCCCAAGAAGAAGUGGGUCCAGGAUGCCAUGAAGUACCUGGACCAAAAAUCCCAAACCCAAAAGCCAUAAAUAGUCACCUUUUUGAGACCAAACCGGAGCCUGAGAAAUGCUUGAUUCAUUUUCCCUGAUGUUCCUAAGAUAUGUCCUGAAAUAAACUUGUCAUCAUUCCAAAAGGAAUGGUUUUAAUUUAACAAUUUUAAAAAACCAUAUUGCAUUUAAGUUAUUGAUGUUUUUAAACUUACCUGCCUAUUGUUUUUAAAUUAAAUUUUCAAUUGUUUUUAAAAUAUGAAGCUUUGGUCGGGUCCCUUCCCCUCUGUCAGCCCCAAUUCAAUCCCCUGCAAAAUCAUUUUGCUUUGCUACUUUGGAGUAAUGUUACUCCGCUCCUCCCUGCCUCUCUGGAAUCUUGUAAGGAUCCUGGCAAAGAUCAUUGGUGUGAAAAUGUUUUGUGUUUCUUAAGAAGACCUUGA